AUGGUGGAGAUCGCUUCGAGCUCGCAGGAUUCCCUGCUCGCAAAGGUUGUGCUGGUCACGGGCUGCAGCAGCGGGCUGGGCCAGGCCUUGGCCACGUGCCUGCACUCACAGACCACACCCGAUGGGCGCACGCUGUACAAGGUGUACGCGACCGCGCGCCGCCUGAAAACCCUCGAGCCCCUGGCAGACCUGGGCAUAUCCACGCUGGCGCUGGACGUGGGGAGCGAGGCCAGCGUAAAGGAGGCGGUGGCGACGGUGCUGUCCCAAGAGGAGCGCCUCGACGUGCUCGUCAACAAUGCCGGCAUCAGCAAAUUCGGUCCCCUGGCCGAGCAGCCCCUGUCCGAAGUGACCGCCGUCUUCGACACCAACGUCAUGGGCGUGUUGCGCAUGACACAGGCCGUGGUCCCCUCCAUGGCUGCCCGCGGCGGCGGGCUGGUGGUGAACAUCGGCUCCGUCUCCGCCUGGCUCGCGACGCCCUACGCCGGCGCCUACAGCGCCAGCAAGGCUGCCCUGCAUGCCCUCUCCGACUCGCUGCGGCUGGAGCUGCGGCCCUUUAACAUCCAGGUGACCACCGUCACUGCGGGGGCAAUCACCUCCAGCUUCUCCAACAAUGCGGAGGCGGGCCAGAGCGGGGAGCGGUAUGAACGCCCGGGGAGCCUCUACCGCGCGCACGCCCCCUCCAUCCGCGCCCGCGCCCGCAUGUCUCAGAACUCCAAGGGCGUGCAGCCCGCGUCCCAGGUCGCGGCGCGCAUCGCCGGCGUCAUCAACGCCGCCACCGCGCCGGGCGCGAAGCCGCCACCCGCCUGGUUCCUGGCAGCGGGCGGGGCGCUCAAGCUCUGGGUCCUAGGCCUGCUGCAGAAGGUGCUGGGCAGGGCCCUGGACAGCACCAUUGCCGGGCAGUUUGGGCUGGCGUGA